GUCUCCCCCCCAAAAAGUUUGAGUCGCUGCUGCAGGGCUGCCAGCGGAGUCGCUCGCCUGGAGCUACGUAGGGCAGAGAAGUCAUGGCUUCUCCGUCCAAAGGCAAUGACCUGUUUUCGUCCGAUGAGGAGGGCCCGGCGAUGGUGGCUGGGCCCGGCCCUGGGCCUGGGGGCGCCGAGGGGGGCUCCGAGGAGCGCCGCGUCAAGGUCUCCAGCCUGCCCUUCAGCGUAGAGGCGCUCAUGUCCGACAAGAAGCCUCCCAAGGAGUCGUCUCCGCUGCCGGCCGAAAGCGCCUCGGCCGGGGCCAGCCUGCGGCCGCUGCUGCUACCAGGACACGGCGCCCGGGAGCCUCACAGUCCCGGGCCUCUGGUCAAGCCCUUCGAGACAGCCUCGGUCAAGUCGGAAAAUUCCGAAGACGGAGCGGCGUGGAUGCAGGAACCCGGCAGAUACUCGCCGCCGCCAAGACAUAUGAGCCCCACCGCCUGCACCCUGAGGAAGCACAAGACCAAUCGGAAGCCACGCACACCUUUCACCACAUCCCAGCUCCUAGCCCUGGAGCGCAAGUUCCGCCAGAAACAGUACCUCUCCAUCGCAGAGCGGGCAGAGUUCUCCAGUUCUCUGAACCUCACAGAGACCCAGGUCAAAAUCUGGUUCCAAAACCGAAGGGCCAAGGCGAAAAGACUGCAGGAAGCAGAACUGGAAAAGCUGAAAAUGGCUGCAAAACCUAUGCUGCCCUCUGGCUUCAGUCUCCCUUUCCCCAUCAACUCCCCGCUACAGGCAGCAUCUAUAUAUGGAGCAGCAUCUUACCCUUUCCAUAGACCUGUGCUUCCUAUCCCGCCUGUCGGACUCUAUGCCACACCAGUCGGAUAUGGCAUGUACCAUCUAUCCUAAGGAAGGCCAGGUGGACAGACUCCAUGAUGGAUGUUUGUUUCAGAGGGUUCCCUUUCUCUCCGCGGAGUCUACACUGACCCAGUCCUCCUGCAAUCCUUGCUUGCACCACUCAGCAGCGUGAGCAGCGAGGCCUGUGGGCCACAAGACCUAGUUCAAAGUUUGUUCUUUAGGUGGUUGACACCAAGUCCUGUUUUCUUGGAGUAAUCUUCCAAAUGCCCCCUUCUUUCAUAGAUUGGCUCUGGCAGUUUUUAUGUAUAAAUAUAUAUAUAUAUAUAUAAUAAAAUAUAAGACAUUUUUAUACAGCAGACAUAAAAACUCAAUUAUUUUGAAAGGCAAAAUUUAUACGCAUAUAUGCAUUUUUCUAUAGAUCAUCUUCUGAAGAGUGACAAGGUUACGGUGUAAGUCCAUUUGUUGUAUUUUCUUAAAGGGGGAGACAAAAUAUUUAUGAAAAUUGAUUUUGAUAGGAUGAUUGACUUUUGCUUAUGGAAAACAAAUAUUAGAAUUAGACACAGUGCACAUAGAAAGUAGAUAUGGAGAAAUUCUUCAAGUGAAAGGGCUGUAAAACAUGUUAGCAUUUUACAUACAUCAGAAAAAUCUCAUUAGAUACUACUAUAUUUGGCACUAAUUUUCCUCCCUCUCUCUACAUAGUCAACAUUUUAAGUUUUUAAAAAAGAUCAGUUAGAGGGAGAUGAAAUAAUUCUAAGAAUACCUCCAGUGGGUAGAAGAUAGAAAUACUUCCUAAUUUCUGUCAGGGCUAUUCAUUGGAGAGUAAAAAGUUAAAUUACAGCAGGAGGAAUUGGUGACUUCUGUGAAACACUAGGUGUGUUGAUCCUCACACGUUGCAAAGGUGAUUUUUUUGGGGGGUAUAGUAAUUUUCUGCUUAAAAAUUAGUAUCUUGUAACCAUUUGCCUAUAUGCUGAAUAUUCCCAAACAAGAGAACCAGGAAAGGGGAAAAAAAAUCAUACUUUCUGUGUGUGUGUGUGUGUGUGUGUGUGUGUGUGUGUCUAUUGUAUGUGCUAAACUUAUCAGGAAAAUUGAUGUACUUUUUAACAUGUUGGGGGAUGAGGGUAAAACCAUCUUUUGAAUUGCUAAAAAUUGGUGUUGUCAAACAGCCCAUUUGGCUUCCAGGUAUUUUACCUUCCUAUCUUGCCUCUCUCUCCC